AAGACACGCACGGGUGAGGAAGUCUUUGGCAUCCCCUUAGUCAAAAUAGCACAUGCGAAUGCGAUGAGGUGAAUUGCAGAGUCGGCAAGGCUACUUCUUGCUGCACUGCUCCUCCACACCACUUCCCAUGUAACGACAAGUUCCAACGUAGUAACGUAUCAUUCAGUUACAUUACGUGUUCUUAUCGUAUUGGUUUCUCUUUCACCUGUUGCUUACUUAACCCUUCUCCAUCCCUUCUUCCCUUUCCCCUCACACUUCUUUUCCAUUCUUUUCAUUCCUCCCAUGGCUGAAAAAAAGGUCGCCAUAAUGAGACUCAAGGUUGAUCUCCAGUGCCACAAAUGCUACAAGAAGGUCAAGAAAAUUCUCUGCAAAUUCCCUCAAAUUCGAGACCAGGUUUAUGACGAGAAGCAUGACAUGGUCACCAUAACGGUGGUAUGCUGUAACCCUGAGAAGCUGAGGGACAAGAUUUGCUGCAAAGGCUGUGGGACUAUCAAAAGCAUUGAAAUUCUCGAACCUCCCAAGCCCAAACCACCUGAGAAGCCCAAGGAGCCCGAAAAACCCAAGGAACCGGUGAAGCCCAAAGAGCCAGAGAAACCGAAAGAACCGGAGAAGCCUAAGCCACCAUCCAAGCCAAAGGCGCCAGAGAAGCCGAAAGAACCAGAAAAGCCCAAGGAACCAGAGAAGCCCAAGGUGCCCGAAAAGCCCAAGGAAACCUCCCCUCCCCCGCAGAAACCGAAUCCACCGGUGCCGGUGCCUGCGCCGGCUCCAGUGCCAGUGCCUGUGCCUGCGCCUGCACCAGCGCCGGUUCCGGUGCCGGUGCCAGCGCCGCCGCCAAUGGCGGUUCCGAUCGGAGUAUGCUGUGUACCAUGCUAUGAAGGUCGGGAAGGUGGGCCCUGUUUUCACGGGUACGGUGGGCCACCACCAUGUUAUGAGGCUUAUUAUGGAAGACCUGUUUACGACAGUUACGGUGGGGGCAGGCCCUGUUACGUGAGCCGUUGCGAUGAAUAUUUCUGUGAAGAUAACGCUUCCGCUUGCUCAAUUAUGUGAUCGUCAUCUCCAUAAUCCUUCUGUUUAUUCAUCGAUUCUGUCACCUCUGUUGUGCCGCUCAUGCAUGCAAUCAUCGAUCCAAGGAAUAAUAAUCUUCUUUGUCUUUUUGUGAGUACAAAUUAAUCACAAUGCUAAUACAUGUUACCUCAAAUAUCUUAUAAUAAAGUUUCCUUGUGUAAAAA